GUGAGAUGCCCUGAAAGCCAGAAGUAAGGUCACAGAGUGCGUUAAUGGCCACGACUGAUGAGAGGAUCUGAGUCUGGAUGUGGACGCUGCACCCUGAAGAAUGGAUUGGCGCUUCCAUCAGAUGUUUGAGUAGAGACAAAACCAAGUGGGACAACAGGAAGUAAAACACGCGAGGAGGAAACUGAGCCGUCAGACGCAGAGAUGAGUGUUUCUGACCACGUUCAGAGGGUCGGCGGUCACAGCGGCUCCACCAUGAAGCUCCCUCUUCGCAGUGCUGGAGAUCACAACGGGAACGCCUUCCCCAUCUCGUCCUCUUCCUCCUCGUCUUCGUCCUCCUGUCUUGGGGAGUCGUCCCCGGAGUCGCUGCGCAGUCUGAGCAGCCUCAGCGGCGGCUGCACGGACAGCCCGCUGGACUACGACGUGUUCGAGGUGGCCCUGAUGGGGGGAGUCGUCGUCACAAAGUGGGAAGACAAGCAACCGGACGACGACGUCUCGUCAGGACAAACGCUCACCGUGAGGGAGCCGCCUGAGUCCACUGACAACUCUGCGUCCGUGUACCUGGACGCCAGCAGCGGCGAGUUCCAGCAGGACACCUGGAAGCAUCUGACGCUGGAGCUGUCCAUGAGCCGCAGUCACUAUGGCAACAGUGACGAUACCAGCAGCCGGCGGAGACACGGCUCCUCCACGCCGGACUCUGACGCAACAGAAAUCCCCGCUGACGAUGACGGUGGUGACGAUGAGGAGGCUUUGUUUCUGUCUGUGAGCUCUGACGCCAGCGCUCAGAGACGCAGUGUCACGAGUUCAGUCUGCUGGGCGAGCGACGGCACGGGGAACUCAGAGGUGCCGACGGAGGCACCUGAACAGCUGAGCGCCGCUGAGAGCGAGCAUGUGGAGCUCACCUCACUGCUUCAUCCACCUGAGGAAGAGUAUACAGCCCCUCCUAGAUCUGAGGACCUGAGUGAGAGCGCCCAGACAUCCGCUGUCUCCCUGUCCCACUCUCCGGCUGGAAGAUGUGACUCCGCCGACACAAGUCCUCCGGCCAACGCAGCCAAACCCGCCAACUUACCUGGUAACAGGUUAACGCCUGCCACAGCGGUCAGGCUGUCCACGCAGAGAGUUUCCAGAGUGGAUCCGAAAAACAUCAAGGCCAAAGUUACCACAUGGGCCAACAACCCGUCUGCACCAAAAACACAGACACAGAGUAAAGUUGCUGCUGGCGUGAGGAGAACGGUUCCCAGGAGGGAGGAGAUGCUCGGCGACGGAGGCUGGAGGCAGAACGCCACAGGUCCCAUCAGAGUGGUGGCUGUGCUGAAACCCGUCAAAGCGAAAAGCCGCAACCUCAAGACUGACCACAGGGCGGCUCAACAGGCUUCAGCCGGCUCUCUGGGCUCUGAGGAAGGACCCCUGCAGGCUCCCAGGAGGGCUGUCCAAUCUGUGCCCGAUGGACAGGGAGCAGCUGAGGAUGUUGAGGAGUGUUUGGACCAGAAGGAAGAGGCCACAGCAGCUUCAGAGGAACAAAUGAUGCAGCCAACGAGUCAACCAACGAGUCAACCAGCGAGUCCCAGCAGGAAAGUUUCCUCCAAGCUGGGACCGGCUGGCCGGCCGGGGGGCCGAGGGGCCACCAGGGCGGCUCCACCGCCGCCGCCGCCACCGCCGCCGCCUCCUCCUCCUCCUCCCGCUGCUCCUCCGGGCUCCGGGGCUGGAGGUCCGGGGCCGAGCCCGGGCGAGGGAUCUCUGAGCAAAGCGAGGUCGAGUCAGGGUAUCCCCAAACCUCGCUCCCUCCUCAGAGCCGCAGCCAAUCAGCAGCCGGCGUCAGGGUCGUCGGGGCGACCUGCCCCUCCCACUGCCUCCAAACUUCCUGUCAAAGGUUUACCCACAAGCCUCAGCUCCUCAUCACUUGGAAGCAAUGAGAACAAUGGACCCACGAGCAAAGGGGCUCCCCCAGCAGCGACCAAAGCGGACGAGCGGCCGAGCAGAGGAGCCAUUCCUGUGGGUGUCCUGGCUGCAGUGCGGGCCCCCGGCCCCCCCGGCUCCCCCGGUGACGGCCCAGGUCCCAGGCUUCCUGCCAUGAGGAGCAGAGCUCAGUCUCUGCAGGUCCGGACAGUUUCAGGCCUGAAAAUGCCGAGUGGCCCCGCCCACAGCUCCGCCCACAGCGCUGCCCGGACCGCAGCGACUGGACAGACGGCGAAGGCCAGUCCCACCGUGCUGACGAGGCAGACGACCCAGAAUCCCCUGCAACGGAGCGGUUCUGCGAGGCUCGUGAGGCAGAGCAGCACAGUGGACAAAAACAAACCGCGGGAGGCGCCGACGAGACCCAGCAGCUCCAGCACUGCAGGGGGAACCUCCUCCGGCCAGCAGCUGCCGCCGCCGGACCCGGUUCCAGAUUCAGUGAGCGCUAACUCACCGGCGGCGCCUGCUCUCCCGGCACCACCCGCUGAUUCCACACACCCCGCUGCACCACCGGCCGGCACGGCCCCCGGGGUCGGGCUCAAAGCCAGACCCGGCGCUCGGUCCAGCCCCAAAGGCGGAUCCCGACUCCUGAAUGCGUCCAGAACCCGGGCGGCCCCAGAGGGGCCGGUCGCAGCCAGACCCAGCAAAGAGCAGGUGGAGAAGAAGAACCAGGCCAUCAGCCAGCUGAGGAGGCUGCUGCUGCAGGGGAACCGGCGGGUGGAGGCUCUGGCUACGGUCAUCCAGCACCUCUUCACUGAGCGUGAAGCCACUCUGAGGCAGAAGAAGGAGCUGUCACUGCAGCUGGACCACCUCCGGGAUGAGCUGGUCACGUCGUCCCACUGCUGCGAGCGGCUGCAGAAGGAGAAGGAGGAGGUGCGCCUCGGCCUGGAGGAGGCGCUCAAGAGGCUGCGGGAGCAGCACAAGGAGGAGCUGGAGCAGCUGGAAGACAGACUAAGAAGUUUUUACCAAACUGAGUGGGACAAAGUUCAUCAGGCGUAUCAGGAGGAAGCCGACAAAUACAGAGUCCUGAUGGAACAACAGGUGGAGGAGCUGAGGAGCAGACAGGAGGCGGAGAGGAGGAGCCAGGAGGAGGCUCACAGCCAGCAGAUGGAGGCUCUGAAACAGCAGCACGACUCCUCCGUCCAGGAGUUGAAGAGGGUCCAGCAGACAGAUCUGGAGAACCUGGAGAAAACUCUGAAAGAGACUGAGAGCUCUCUGUCUGAGAAAAUCUGCGAGUUGACGUCAGAGAAAGACGAGCUGAACGAGAAGCUGCGGGCUGAGGAAGAAAGGAGGAAGAUCCUCUGCGACAAGAGUCUGAAGGACUCCCACACGGUGUACCUGGAGCAGGAGCUGGAGAGUCUGAAGGUUGUUCUUGAGAUGAAGAACAACCAGCUGCACCAGAAGGAGAAGAAGCUGAUGGAGAUGGACAAACUGGUGGAGACCAACGUGAAGCUGGAGGAGUGUCUGAAGAAGGUGCAGCAGGAGAACGAGGACUACAAGGCCCGGAUGGACAAACACGCCGCCAUCUCCAGGCAGCUGUCCACCGAGCAGGCCAUCCUGCAGCAGACCCUGCAGAAGGAGUCAAAGGUCAACAAGCGCCUGUCCAUGGAGAACGAGGAGCUGCUGUGGAAGCUUCACAACGGCGACCUGCUGGCCAGCCCCCGCCACCUCUCGCCCUCCUCGCCCUUCGGCUCGCCGCGGAACUCCGCCUCCUUCCCCACAGCUGCGCCGUUAUCGCCCAGAUAACCCCCCUCCUCCUCCUCCUCCUCCUCGUCCUCGUCCUCCAGGGAGUCUCCCCCUCCGAGCCGGAGCGGCGGCUCCUGACGUGAACUCAGACGUGUUGUUUGGACGUCAGUUUGCGGAGGCGCCGCGUGGCGGCGUGAGCGUGGGAGCGGCGCGUCUGCGCUGCACGCCGGCGUCCCGCUGAGAGAGAGCCUGACAGGCACCGCUCAGGGUGUACAUAGCGCCUGGCCUGGUUGUGACUACGUCCCCUCUUUGUUUCCCUUCCUGCGGUGCAGCGUGACGUGGGACUCGUGCGUCUCGUCCUCCCCUGGACCCGAUGCUGCCGCCGGGUUUUCACGGAAACAGACGCUUGUUUGGGUUUGACCCCGCAGGAAACGACGCCUUGUUUUUCUUUCCCUUUUUUUUUUUUUUUUUUUUUUUUAAUUUUUUUUUAAUUUCAAAAAUGGGUUUAUUUACUUUUUCCUCCAAAGAGCGAAGCUCAAUCACUGAUGUGCUUACUCAUGUCUGACCUCGGACCCUGGAACCGCCGGACCCUCAGACCCUCUGCAUGUCUGCUCCUCGCGGCCUCGACCUUCAUCUCCUGUGGAAUGUAACCAGCUGUGGACGUUCAGGCUGAGCUUCAGGCCGUGUUUACCCCCCUGCAGCUUUAUCCCCCCCCCCCCCCCCCCCCCCCCCCCUGUGUUUUAUAAAACCACACCUGCCUCACUCAGUCCAUGAAAGCUGCCUCCUGUUUGUUCUCUUUGAUUUUGGACUCAGAAUAAAUCUAUUCAAGGUCAA